AUGUCCGACGGUGAUGCAACCCUCAAGUUCCGAUUUGAAGUCGCUGGCGUCGUCAGACUGGUUCAUCUGCUGCGGAUCCCGGGCGUUUUCAUCACCAAAUCGAACGACCGCUGCCUCGGCGCUGAGGCCCUGUGUAUUGUCCAAACCUGUCGCAUCACCCAGACCCCCAGCUUGGCCGACCAUCCGGACAUGCAACGGCAUAUCUACAAUGGCCACAAGCGAAUCCAUUGCCUGAAAUUUCAGGGUGUGACUGCACCCAACGGCCUUUGCAUCCACUUUUGGGGGGCGAUUGAAGGUAGUCGCCACGACACUACGUUGCUCAAGGAAAGUCGACUUGUCGCGUUUCUGAACAACCGAGAAGCGGCAUUUUGCUGGUGCACUUAUCUAUGGCGACCCGGCUUACGGUAUUUUACCGUGGAUCAUGUCGGACUACAAGGGCAAGUCCAUCAGCGCCCAACAACGCACCCAUUCGACACGCCUGGCUGGAGCCAUUCGGGCGGCCAGGCCCGGCGGUGGACGGCCGCGGUGUGUGGUGCGAGAAGGAAGGGUUAG